CGGAACUCUUACCGGUGCCACCUGGACUCUAUCGGCUCACUUGAUACGGAUACCGGAACUUUUCUACAGUCAUGAUUCAGAUUUCUUCGCCCGUGUUCGUGUUGUUACUGUUUACGGCUUUUGUUGGGGUGAUUGCUAACUCUGGAAACAGUCUGGUAAGAACAAAAAGGGAAUGGAUUCUCCCUCCAAAGCCACUGAAGGAAAAUGUAGACUACACUCAACAGGAAUAUAUUGCCAGGAUUCGCUCAGAUUAUGAAACUGAUGCCAAUAUUGACUACUCUCUAGAAGGUAUUGGUGCAAGUAAACCUCCCUUCCACGUGUUUGUUGUCGACCAUAAAACUGGACUGAUCAAGGUGACCAAAGUGCUCGACAGGGAGUUCAUCGAUACGUACAAUCUGUCAGGUAUUGCUAAGUACACUGAUGGCCGUGAUGCAGAGACCAAAAUUGACAUACGAAUCAAGGUUGUAGACGAAAAUGACAACGCUCCGGUGUUUAUAGUCAACAAGCCCGGGGAGGUGAAUGAGCUCAGUCCUCCAGGAACUUCAAUUAUGAAAAUAACUGCAACUGAUGCUGAUGAACCAGGGAAUGAGAACUCUCAGAUCGCCUACACCAUCUUAGAUCAGAAUCCACCUCAUGACAUGUUUUACAUCUCGCGGGAUGGGACCGUCUAUGUCAAAAAUUCUGCCCUGGACAGAGAGAGAGAAGAUCAGUACACUCUGACAGUGAGAGGUCAAGACUUAAAUGGCAAACCAAAUGGAAAGGUUGCAACCAGCACCGUUAUCAUUAAUGUCAAAGAUGUGAAUGACAACCUUCCCACUCUGGAAAAAUUGCAGUAUGAGGGCAGCAUUGAGGAGAACACAGAGAAUGUUGAGGUGAUGAGGAUCAGAGCAGAGGACUUGGACCUGGAGAACACAGAAAACUGGGAAGCUGUGUUUGCCAUUGAUAAAGGCAACGAGGCCGGGUACUUCAGCAUUACAACAGACCCCAACACCAACGAGGGCAUCCUAAUGCUCAACAAGGCUGUGAAUUAUGAGGAUGUGAAGAACCUUGAUCUAGGAAUAACUGUGAGGAAUAAGGCUGACCCAUAUGAUCCAUCUGAGACAUAUGCUGGAGCUGGUAUAGGUUUAGGAGUGGGAGUUGGAGCUGGAGCUGGAGCUGGAGCAGGAGCAGGAGCUGGAGCAGGAGCUGGAGCUGGAGCUGGAACAGGAGCUGGAGCUGGAACAGGAGCUGGAGCUGGAACAGGAGCUGGAGCUGGAACAGGAGCUGGAGCACCUGGAGCACCUGGAGCAACUGGUGCAGCUGGAUCAAGCGGUACAAGUGGUACAAGCAGUGGGUCUGGAGUGAAAACAUAUAAAUCUUAUCCACUCAAAAUCAAUGUAAAGAACCAGCCAGAAGGGCCAAGUUUUGAGCCAAAAGUCAAAGCUAUUCCCAUCUCAGAAGGCACUUCCAUCGACAUUAAUGAUGUUAUUGCUCGCUAUGCGGCAACAGAUGGUGACACUGGGAAACCAGCUGAGAAUGUCAGGUAUGUGAAGGGCUCAGACCCUAACAACUGGCUAACCAUCGAUCCAGAUACAGCUGAUAUCAAACUGAACAAGAUGCCUGAUAGAGAAUCUCCCUACCUGGUCAAUGGGACAUAUUUUGCUAAAAUACUCUGCAUUACAAAAGAUAUGCCUGGUAAAACAGCCACUGGCACUGUAGCCAUCCAGGUGGAAGAUUUUAAUGACCACUGCCCCACCCUGACUAGUGACAUCCAAUUUGUGUGUACCUCGAAUGAUGCUGUUGUUGUAAACGCCAUAGAUGGGGAUGUAUUCCCUAAUGGAGCUCCUUUUGACUAUGCCAUCAUCCUAGGGGAAACUCAGGGCAAAUGGCAGGUGGAGCAUAAAAAUGACACCGCAGCUAUCCUGAGGGCCCAGGAGAACAUUUGGCCCGGUUCCUAUGAGGUGUACUUAAUGAUAAGUGACCAGCAAGGAAAGGCCUGUCCAGAGAAACAGAAAGUGAAGGUGAAAGUUUGUACCUGUGAGGACGGAGUGUUGUGUGGAAAACAAGGCGGCAAUGGUAAGACCAACAAAGGAUCAGAGUUCGGACCUGCAGGCAUCGGACUGCUAUUCCUGGGCCUGUUGCUGUUACUACUCUUACUUCUGUUGCUGCUCUUCUGCCAAUGUGGGGAUGCCGCUGCGGGCUUUUCUGAAUUGCCGUACGACACCAAAUCUCACCUCAUUAACUACCGCACUGAGCGCCUGGGAGAGAACACGGAGGUGCCGCUACUCAACAUGCCGCCACAAGUGGAUGGAAAUUGGUCCAACAUGGGAGGAGAAAUGCAGGAAUCUAUCACUGGCAUGAAUGGAAUGAACAGGGGCGUCUAUCACCAGUCUAUUGACCAACAAUACGGGAUGAUCAACCAGCAAGACUUCAACGGCUUAGGCUCUUGGAAUGUGGGCAGAGAAUCACACAUAGGUGCAGGUGGAGGUGGAGGUGGAGGUGGAGGUGGAGGCGGAGGCAUGUACGAUGGCAUGGCUUUGCCAGACCACUUCCUGGGACAGUACUACACUCAGAAGGUGACCAGUGUUGAUGAAAACCUUGGAGUCAAGGAUGCUCUUUUGGUUUAUGACUAUGAGGGUGAGGGCUCUCUUGCUGGCUCAGUGGGCUGCUGCAGCCUCCUGGAGUCUGACAACAACCUGCAGUUCCUCGAUGACCUCAGCACAAAGUUCAAGACCCUGGCUGAGGUGUGCGGAGGCAAGAAGAUCCAAACUGAAGUCAAACCAGCUUUCACUACUCUGCCCAGUACCUCCAUCACUAACAUCAACACCAACACCAACACCCAGACCUCAGUAUCAAGUUUGAUGACGGCCCAACAGUUGCCCACUCCACCCGAGCUGCAGCCAAGUGUCCCUCAGAAUGUGGUCAGGGAGAUAUCUGCGCAAUCUGAGAUGGUGAACGAAAGCACAGCCAUGAUGAGGAACGGGAUGACCACAAUGAAUGAAGGGUUGGUAAAUCAAGGCCAGAUGCUCUUGCUGCAGCAGCAGCAGCAGCCUGUCUACUACACCACCACCCCUGUGCUGCAGCCGAUGCAGUACGUAGUCCAGCCACAGGUUCAGAACACCGUGCUGCUGGCCGAGGCACCCGCCACCAACCUGCAGGGCAUGGUACUGCUUAAUGGGACCCAGGCUGGACCUGCCCAAGGCAUGGUUGUUCAGGGACAGACUGUGAUGUCCAGCGGGCAAGUGCAGGGACCCCGCAUGGUGCUGGUGGAGGCAAGCGGGGUUCAUGGGGGUGGUGCCAACCUAAUCCACACUGGCGGCAACGUAAUCCACACUGGCGGCAACGUAAUCCACACUGGCGGCAACGUAAUCCACACUGGCGGCAACCUCUCUGGCUCCCAGACCAUGAUGGUGGUGGAGGGCAAGGUCCGUGCAGGCUCAAUGCAAGGUCUGAAUGGGAGCCAGACCUGCCUCGUGCAGGGGGGUACUCUGAAGUCAGGAGGGCUUUCAGGUUCUCAGAGGGUCCUGGUGAUCGGAGGGACAACAAGCAGCGGAGGGCAGCUGUUCCAGGAGGCAGGAGGUCUGUCCCAGAAGAGUGGCAUCUCUGGCUCUCAAAAAGUCCUCCACAGCAAGGGCAGCACAUCCGCUGGCUCUCAGAGCAAAUUGGUGGGUUCCUCUACCACCACAGUCAGUACAACCCCCUCCUAUCGUAAGGUGGUGGUGCAGGAGACAAGAGAAAUUCAGUGAAUGAGAGAUUGUCUGGACUAGAGAGGACCUUUCCAGUGAUGCCAAAAUGACUGUUACUCUGGCCUGGUCCAGGUGGUGAUGGGACGCUAGUGGGACUCAACUAAUGCAAGGCAGCCAAAAAGACUGUUACUCUGGCCUGGCCCAGCUGGUGAUGGGACGCUUGUAAGACUCAACUAAUGCGACUCAGUUAAUGGAGAGCAGGUUCCCCAUAUUCCGUCUUUGAAAUUUGACACUUCAACUGUUCUGCAUACAAUUAGUAAAUGCUCAUGUUAUGUUUUAUGAUGUCUCUUGUUUUGCACCAAUAAAAAAAGAAAUAUGAAAAACCCACUGUUCAAAAUGGCAAAUCUUAGCUCAAAAUGAACAUGCUCUUUUCUGCUACCUUCAUAUUCACCAUUAGAAUUCUGUUUUGAAGAUAAAAUUACACUUUAACAUAAUGUACCUCACAAAAUACAAAUAACUGCAAAAGGUCAAAAUAAAGUUGUGUUUUGACAAAUUUGUAAUGAAACCCAAAUGACACUAAAUUGUCCUUCGUAUUCAUCCCUUUAUAAUUGUUUCUCAGGUAGAAAUACAUUUCUGAGAGCUUAUGGGAAGAAAUAAUAGCUUAACUUCAAUAAUAACUCAAAAAAAUGCAUAUUUCAGCGAGAAUCUCAAAAAGAUACCGAUAAACUUCAUGUAAAAUACGUUAUAGUGCUAUGUAUUACGGUGCUAUCGGUAGCGUUGGUAAUUGCAGUAGCAGUGUUAGGGGUACUGAUGGGACGGCACUGAAGCGGUGCAUCUCUUAAACUCUGCUUGGAGGUCGCCCUGCUGCCGGGGGGAGCUGGGAGAAUGUUUGGUAUUUGUUUGUGGAUUGGACAAUGCGUUUGUGAACACCAUAACAUACUUAUCCUUUUCAUACACAUUUGUAAAUGUUAUUUGUAGAUCAUGAAACACAUAUUUGUCACCAUUAUUGAGAAUAAUGUAUUUUCAUAGUUGUCAUGAGUUUUGAGACCAUGGAGCAGAAGAGGUUGGUGAGCCCUGCGUCAGAUGAGGAGUUUACAUUUUUGAAGUUACUCUGUGGAUUUAGUGUAGUGUGAGCAAUGGCUUCAAGGAAACAAACUCUGAAAAU